AUGCAAACCCGUCGUCCAGCCACGCUCGGGGUCUCGAUCACCUUUUUCGUUAUCGCCAGUAUAUUCGUUGCUUUGCGGUUUGUCUCGCGCAUCUUCGUCGUGCGUAAGGUUGGGUUACACGAUUAUUUGAUGCUGGUCGCGUGGCCUAAGGUGAUUGACUUUGGCUUCUCGUUCUCACUGUUCUACGCGACUCAACAUGGAUUCGGCCUGCACUCAAGUGACAUCCCAGAUGAGAAUAAAGAGGCCGUCAAUAAGGCGAACUAUGCAUUUACGGUGCUAUAUAACCCGGCGCUUAUGGCUGUCAAAACCUCCAUCCUCGUCUUCUACCUAACCCUGACCCGUAAUCAAAAAGUCUUCCGAUGGGCAAAUUAUGUUACACUGGCGGUCGUCAAUGCUGCAGGGCUCGCCUUGACAAUGGUCAAUGUAUUCCAAUGUCGCCCCGUUUCUGCUGCGUUUUACUCGUCCAUUCCUCCAGGCGCCAAGUGUACCGACAUCGUCACGCUCUACCUUUCCUCGUCUCCCGUCAAUAUCAUCACCGAUCUGGCCAUUCUAUUCCUCCCGAUGCCAAUUCUGACGCAAAUGCGUCUGCCAUAUAAACAAAAGGUCAUUCUGGUGAUUACAUUCAGCUUUGGUUUCUUCGUGGCAGUGGUCGAUGUCAUUCGAAUCGCUUUUCUUCAACAAGCCGCGCUAUCACGCUCACUAGCCCUGAAAUCGAUUCAUCUGCAAAAUAAUACCACCGCUGACUUUAGCUGGUACGCCUCGCUCUCAUUCAUGUGGUCCGUCGUCGAAGUCAACGUCUCGGUUAUUUGCGCCUGUGUCCCAAGUCUCAAGCCAUUGGUUGCUCGCCUGAUGCCAAAGUUGAUAAGAGACACCAAUGAUCCCUACACCAGUCCCCGCAACAACUACGCCACGGGCGAAAGUCCGGUUGCCGUUCCCCCGGCUGCCGUGACACCAAAUUCCCUCCAUGGAUCUCCUGCGGUUUCGCCAUCGGACAGCAAUGGUAGUAAACCCUCGCAGAAGAGAAGUGUCAGCACAAGUGCCCGGAGGCAGAGCUCGAAUGCGCCGAUGGGAAUACUCGACUUUCUGGGCGAGCCUGGAAAUGCUCCCACUGAUACGGAAGCAAAUACACAUACGAGCACGUCUUAUCCGCCUGAUAUCACUUUCUUUGAUUUUGUCAACAUGAAAAAUCCUGAAAGUAUGCUCAAAUUGAAUAAUCGAGAGUCAAUUGCACCGAUUGCGUUGACGACGCUUUUGUUCUUCCUUUGGGGUUUCGCGUAUGGGUUGCUUGAUAUCCUGAACGCACAGUUCCAGACCAUUGUUCAGCUGGAUACGUGGCACUCGCUGGGUCUCCAUGGUGCCUACUUUGGUGGGUAUGUGGUUGGCCCAUUGCUGGUCGGACGCCCAGUUCUGAAGACAUGGGGAUUCAAAUCCACCUUCAUCACGGGACUGUGCAUUUACGCCUGCGGAACCCUUAUCUUCUGGCCAUCGGCUGUUCUCGCCUCGACUGCUGCAUUUACCAUCUCCAACUUUAUCGUCGGAUUCGGUCUAGCUGUUUUGGAAACCGCAGCCAACCCUUUCAUUGCGCUCUGUGGUCCGCUGGAGAAUUCCGAAAUUCGAUUAAACAUCUCACAGGGUGUACAAGCAGUCGGCAGCGUGGUUUCUCCACUUCUCGCAAAGAAAGUCCUUUUCAAGGACGUCCAAGACGCUGCCUCUCUCGUAGACGUGCAAUGGACAUACCUCGGAAUCGCCCUCUUUGACGUCCUCCUCGCAGUCGCAUUCUACUACCUCCCCAUCCCAGAAGCCUCAGACGAAGACCUAGAAGAACUAGCCAAUCGCCGCAGAGAAGACAACAUGACCAAAGUCCUCGGCAUCCCAGUCGUCUGGCUCACCCUCGGCCUCGGCAUCUGGUCCCAAUUCUUCUACGUCGCCGGCCAAGAAGUCCUCUCCACCUCCCUGGAACGAUUCGUCCAAGCCGCAAAUCCAAACACAUCCCUCGGCGCUUUCGAGUUCCUAACAAUAGGCCAUAGCAUCUUCGCCAUAGGCCGCUUCAUCGCCGCUUUCGCACAGUGGUUCCUCAAACCUCGCUGGAUCCUAAUGGUCUCGUACAUCGGGAUGAUAGUAUUUUCAGUGCUAUGCAUGAAAACAACCGGCACCGCAGCUAUUAUUAUGGCAAUGUUCGUCUACCUCUUCGAAAGCGGCGCUUUCAGUAUUAUCUUCGCCAUCUCCCUACGCGGCACGGCCCAACAUACCAAAACAGCCGCCGUCUUCCUUACCAUGGGCAUCAGCGGCGGAACGUUCUUCCCCUUCGCCGAAUACGCCGCCUACCUCUCCCACGGGCAAUCAUUUUCCUUCUGCGUCCUCGUCGCCCUCUUCGCGGCCGGCGCUAUCUUCCCGGUAUACCUCAACUUUGUCCCCGCCGUGAAGAAACAGGUAGACCCCGUUCCGAAUGAGUAUCUGCGUCGACAUCAUCGCCGGAGAAGUAAAGCACCCGGGAGUGGUGUGCAGCGCGAGAAACAGAAUCAUUCUGUGGGCGGUGUGCUCUCGCGGCCGAGGAGUUUGGUCUCGGAUCCGGAUUUGUUGCCGGAUUUGCCGAUGCCGGGGGAGACGCAUCAGAGUCGGAGUUCGAGGUCGAGUUUGAGGGCGAGGAGUGUGCGGGUUUCGAAGGGAAGUUCGAAGUCGAAUUCGAAUGAUAGCUCGAAUGUUGGGUCGCAGUCUUCGGGGGAAGGUGUUAAGAGGGUGCGGAUUGCGGGUGAUUCGUGA